AUUGUUAGAUAUGUUCUGACCUGAUCUGAAGAAGGGCGGUAGCAUGUAAGCCCGAAACGCACAUCCAUGUCUGAAUACUCUGUAUACUUUGUUGCUGAUGAUACAACUACAACAUCAUGGACAGGGAGUCCAAACUGCACUGCAAGCACAGGAUCUUCUCUCACCUAUCUCGUGGACACAACAGGAUCAAUGUACGAUGAUAUGUAUCAACUGAAGUUGGUGAAUAAUUGGCUUCUAGAUCGUAUAAUUGCAAGAUUCCCCUGUGGUAUCAGACAAUACACUAUGGUGGAAUACAACGACCCAUAUGUUGGCCCUGUCAGGGUAACAUAUUCCAAAGAUGAGUUUGCUCAUUUCUUCAAUAGCCUUGUGGCCGAAGGAGGGGGCGACUGUCCAGAACUGGCUAUGGAAGGACUGAAGCUGGCUUUGGAGAACUCGCCAAAGAAAUCUUUCAUUUUGGUAUUAACAGAUGCAUCUGCCAAAGAUUAUGAUAACACUACUUUAGUAAAUGAAGUAUUCAGUCUUUUAAAUGAAACCCAGUCACAGGUUUUCUUUGUGACCACUGGUCUUUGCUCCUCUGCAGAUGAUGCAGAUUUUCUUAUUUAUAGGGAAAUAGCAUCAAGGAGCUUUGGACAUGCCUUUCAAGUCGAUGCAUCUGAUUUAAAUAUGGUGUUUAAUUACUUGGAUUUCACACUGUCCCUGCCGGCAAACAGUUCCAAACAGCUGUUCACCAAAGAUUAUGAAGGCGAAAGUCAUUCCGAUAGUUUUCCAGUAUCAGAUAAUUUCACUACUUUACUAGUGACUACAGAUGGAGCGAUCUCUUCGCUUGAAAUAAAAGGACCUGAUACUUCUAAAGAAGAUAUUAAGAAAACUGUGAACGAGAGUUGGGGUGGCAUGUACAUUAUAAAAGACCCUGCCUUAGGAGACUGGACCAUUGAGGUUGAGGGAACUGGCAGAUAUUCUGUUCGAGUGGAAGGAUCCAGUGCAACUAAUAUAUCAACUACUUCAGACUGCUCAAAAUGUGACCCUAAUGCUACCUGUGAAGACUACUUUGGCUACCUCCAGUGUUCCUGCAAGGAGGGAUUUAUAGGAGAUGGCUUUAGCUGCUCUGAUAUUGAUGAAUGUGCCUAUUACUGGUCAAAUAAAUGCGGUUAUAACACUUGUGUAAACACAUUUGGUUCUUACACCUGUGUGUGUUCAUCUGGCUUCUACAAUUACAGUGGAGAGGGAUGCAUUGAUAUAGAUGAGUGUGCGAACUCUGACCUAAACGCCUGCAGUCCAAAUGCAACAUGCAUCAAUGCCAUUGGCUCAUAUACAUGUGUAUGUGCUCCCGGAUACUUUGGAGAUGGCUUCUCUUGUGAACUGGAUGAGUGUGCCCUCAGUGUUUGUGGUUUUGGUGUGGAAUGUGUAAAAUACUUUGGUUCCUAUUCUUGCUAUGAUCCAUGCAAUAGUUACACUACCCUUGAUGAACCAUGGAGAAGCACUUCAAAUGAAGGUUAUGAUUGGAACUGUGACUAUGACAAGCGUGGAUGGUACCGCUUUGUAGGUGCCGGAGGUGUCAAAAUGCCAGAAUACUGUGUAUCUGGAUAUAGGUGUGGCACAUUGGCUACAAUGUGGCUCCAGGGAUCACAUCCAGGAAUUGAAGAUGGGACUGUAAAUCGUACGGCCUGUGCUUCCUGGGUUGGAGAUUGCUGCAUGUGGUCAACAACCGUGCAGAUUAAAUCUUGUCCGGAUAAUUACUAUGUGUACAAAUUAAGUGGAACACCCACUUGCAAUUUAGCUUACUGUACAGAUCCCUCCUCUGUCACUGAUGUUUGUGCAUGUGCAGACACUGAAGUUUGCACCUUUGUUGAUGGGAAAUAUGGCUGUGACUGCAAAGAUGAAUUUAAAGUGACUGAUAUUUCAGAAAUACACCCAAUACUUACCUGCGGAGCACAUGAAAUGAAAGCCUCUUUCCAAAAAUGUCAGCUAAGAAGUCAAAAUAUUGAUAUCAGUAAACUCAAUGUUGCAAACAUCGACUGUUAUCAACUUCAAGAUGAUAUUGUCAAUGGAACUUACUCUGUAGCAGUCGCUCUUAAAGAUGGGGAAUGUGGAGUUCAGCUAAUAAAAUCUAAAAAUUAUGCUACUUAUAUCAACACACUAGACAUCACAUUGGAAUCCGGUGAUGACUCGUUUAUACCAAGAGAAGUGGCUGUUCAAAUGAAAUGUUCUUACCCACUUGACAUACAACUUAGCCUUGACACUGCAAUUAAUCCCAUGGUUAGUAUAAUAAACAUUGUCGCAGAAGGCACCGGUCAAUUUAAGAUCUCCAUGGCACUUUUCCAAGAUGCCAGCUACACUGUUCCCUAUGAAGCACCUGAAGUUCAGUUGUCAACCACAUCUUAUCUAUAUGUUGGUGUCAAUCUCGAUGGGCCUGAUAGUUCCCCAUAUGUUGUGUUGAUGAAAAAUUGUUUUGGCACACCGUCAAAUAACAUAAAUGAUACUAAAAGAUACUACAUCAUCAGAGACAGCUGUCCAGGCAAACAGAGCUCCCCCAUCAGCGUUCCCAUUAAUGGCGUUUCAAAGGAAGGUCGCUUUUCCUUGCAAUUAUUUAAGUUUAUCACUGGUUACAGCAAAAUCUACCUUCACUGCCAGAUAAAUCUCUGCGAUCUCUCAACUGGCGCUUGCACUCCUUCAUGCUCUGGUGCUGGAAGCAAAGUUGGAAAAUCUGCUGAUCAGAGCUACAACAUCAGUGUGGGACCAGUUACACUUCUGCCGGAGAUAUCAGCUUACUCCUCCGGCGUUGAUGGGCGUCCUUGCGCUGUUCAUCUUUUACCAACUAUUUUAGUUUUUGGAAGUUUUCUUAUGUCAUACAUAUACAUAUAAUCCUACCAUGUACAGUCUUCAUGUGUUUUGGCAGAUUAUUAUGUAGGACAAUGAAGCUGUUGGGUUAUGUUGAUGUCACAGAUCAGUAACAAACUACAGUCACAAUUGAUUAAAACAGAGAUCCUUAUGUAUAGACAUUGUACAACAGUUCCUCCCAGAUAUUCAUAUUCACUCCUGGAAAUUCACCCUCCUGUCCUAUUUGUAUGACAACCAUACUAUACACAGUAUAUGCAAUAGAUUUAAUUUACCACCUUCAGACUACUUCUCUUGUAUACAUAUAGGCCGCUUUCUUGGUAAACACAUUUUACCUUCCCAUAUCGAAAUGGAUGUCCACAUCUACUGAUUCCUCUCUGGUAAGCAAUCUACCUCGAAUUGGAAAUUUUACACUGUAGUUCAGGGGUAGGCAACCUCAGCACUCCAUCUGUGGUGAAACGACAAAUCCCAUCAUGCCUCUGCCUCUAGGCCGAGGUUAGCUACCCCUGCCCUAGUCCCUGCUGAACAAAAUAAUUUGCAACAACAUAUCAUGCCCCGUACACACCAUCGGAUUGGAUGUUUUUUCCGACAGAAUUCCGCUCAAGCUUGGCUUGCAUACACACGG